AUCUAAGCUGAAUCUUCAGAGUAGCAAGAACAGAAGUCUGCGGCCAGAAUUCACAAACUGGGCACGUCUGUAGACCCUGCAGUUCUGCAGGACCCUCCAGCAUCUGCCCACGAGGAUGUGAUCAAUCUCCUUCACCACACCACUAGGAUUGGAGUACCAAGUCCAACAAUGUGGCUCAGGGCAUUGGAACCAGGAUCCAGCACCCUGCAGCCGCUGACCUUUCACAAAGUCAAGGAUCAUGGAGCCACUCUCACCCCAUUCUCCAGACCCAUGGGGACAAGCACAAUCCUCAUAGCCAGCCCUGUCAGUGCCUGUAAUCACAAUGAAGUCACCUAUGACCAGAGGAGUAUCACCUCGUGGGCACCUAUCAACCACUGAGCGAAGUUGGGCAGAUAUCCGUGAGUUUUCUAGGCCUAUGACUGGGCCAGCCCUUGUCCCCCUGAUUGAUGCCAUUGAAGCUGGAGAGAAGCCUGUGGUGGCUGCCAUUGAGGGAAUGGCACUUGGCGGCGGCUUAGAGCUGGCUCUGGGGUGUCACUACCGUAUUGCCCACUCGAAGGCGCAGCUUGGACUCCCAGAGGUGACCCUGGGCCUCAUUCCCGCUGCAGGAGGAACACAGCGCCUUCCCAGGCUCAUUGGGUUUCCUGCAGCUCUUGACAUGAUUAUCACAGGUCGCCGUGUGUCAGCUGGGGACGCCCUGAAACUGGGCAUCGUAGACCAGGUGACAGAAAGAAAUGCUGGUGAAGUGGCAGUGGCCUUCGCUCGGAGUGUAGUUGACUGUCCACUGGUCUCACGCCGCCUCAGCACAUGGCCACCCUUGUGUCCUGCAGACCUGGACAACAUAUUACAGAUGGCGCUGGCGAGAGCAUGGCAGCGUGGGCGAGGUGCCCUGGCACCCGUGGCCUGUGUGCAAGCAGUACAGGCAGCUAGGCUGCCGUACAGCCAGGGCAUGCAGCAAGAACAGAAGCUGAUGUCCAUGCUGUUUGCUUCUCCUCAGGCUCGUGCCCUGCAGUACUGUUUUUUUUCCCAAAGGGCCGUGGGCAAGUGGAGCAUGCCUAAUGGGGCCUGCUGGGACAACAGCACCGCUAGACCCAUCCGCAAGGCCGCUGUCAUCGGUUUGGGAACCAUGGGGAGAGGCAUUGCUGUCUGCCUGGUUCUGGCAGGUAUUCCUGUCAUUGCCAUGGAAACAGAUGAGAAGCAGCUGGAGGCUGCAAGGAGGGUGGUGAUGGCACUGCUGGAGAAAGAAGUACAGAAGUUGGCUGUGGGGUUGCACCUGGGGCUGAUCCACUUCACGUUAGAGCAACGAUACCUGCGUGAGGUGGACUUGGUCAUUGAGGCUGUAUUUGAGGAUCUGGCUCUAAAGAAACAGCUGUUUGCCGAGCUGUCAUCUGUGUGCCAUCCAGAUACCCUUCUGUGCACCAAUACCUCGCAGCUAGAUGUGGACCAGCUUGCUACUGCCACCAGCAGACCAGAUCUGGUGGUAGGAAUGCAUUUCUUUGCCCCGGCAAACAAGAUAAAGUUGCUGGAGGUGGUGUUCACAAGCCGCUCGUCCCCUGAGGCUGUGGCUACAGCCAUGCAGCUGGGGAAGUGGUUGGGGAAGGUGAGCGUCGCUGUUGCCAACUGCCCUGGCUUUGUCGGGAACCGCAUGCUCAGGCCCUACGUAGAACAGGCCGGCUUCCUGCUAGAGGAGGGUGCCACCCCUGAGCAGGUAGAUAGCGCCCUGGAGCAUUUUGGGCUUGCCAUGGGUGUCUUCCGUAUGUCUGACCUCUCAGGGCUGGACGUGGGCUGGAGAGUGCGCAAAGCAGCAGGACUUACAGGUCCUGGAGUGCCCCAAGGGCAGCUCUUACAGACACAGCAGGGGUACAGAUAUAGCCCCUUAGCUGACCUCAUCUGUCAGAAAGGUCGUCUGGGCCAGAAGACGGGCUGCGGCUGGUACCUGUAUGAAGGCCCAGGGGGACACAUGGCACGGCCGGAUCCCUGGGUGCACGCCUUCCUGGAAGAAUACCGCCGAGUGCAUGGGCUGCAGCCACGUAGCAUAGGCCAGCAGGAGGUGUUGGAACGCUGCCUGUUUGCGCUCAUCAAUGAGGGUUUUCGUGUGCUGGAGGACCGCAUUGUCAUGGACCCUGUGGCACUGGAUGUCAUCUAUGUCUUGGGUUAUGGCUGGCCAGCCCACACAGGGGGACCCAUGUACUAUGCUGGGGAAGUAGGGCUGCCCAGGGUCCUAGGGAGGUUGGAAUACUACCAGCGGGUACAUCCAGACAUCCCACACCUGAGGCCCAGUGCCUUGCUGAGACAGCUGGUGGCCAAGGGGAGUCCCCCAAUCCACAAGUGGAUGUGGCAUAUUGAGGAGGGGUCCAGCCGCCUAUGAGCCCUAGACAAACCCAGGCAGCCCCUGAAUAAAACAUAAAUUUCUACAGCUGUAAAGCCUUAAUACUUACAAUAAAGUAGUGACUGUUAAAAAGCCUUUUAUUUUCAUAAAUACAUUUUACUUAUACUGGUGCACUGAUGGCUUCUGACUACCAGGAGUCUUACAUAGGUUUUGCGAUAAAGCUCCUUUAUGCACAUUAACAGGGUUCGCAUUGAUUGCAUAUUAACCACGUCAUACACAUGCAUCUAGUAUUUCCAUAAAUAAGAGUCAUCAUGGCAGAGAGGAAGAAGCUGAGUUAUUUGUCAGUAUUUUUUCCAAGUUGUUAUAAGGCUGUUUAAGAAAAGGUGCAUUAUAAUUUAACAUGCAACAGACACACUCAGACAUGAUAGUCACAGUUGUCUAGUUGCUAGUCUUACUGCACUAAAGUCACACUCUGAGCUAGGACAGGAAUUGUAAAUUACCAUUUCAAUUAAACAGACCUGGAUUUCA